CCCCACCCCCUUUCCCACCUGUUGUAAUUGCCGCUAUGGAGACGCCCUCCGGGAACACAAAACCCUCCUCCUUGCAAGUCGACGACGCAUUGUCCGCCGCCGCGGCGGAGCAGACGCCGAUAUGGAAGAUCGUGCUGGUGGCGGCGAUUGCCGCCGGAGUCCAGUUCGGGUGGGCUUUGCAGCUCUCCCUGCUCACCCCCUACGUCCAGUUGCUCGGCGUCCCGCACAAAUUCGCCUCCUUCAUGUGGCUCUGCGGCCCCAUCUCCGGCAUGAUCGUCCAGCCCCUCGUCGGGUACUACAGCGACAAUUGCACCUGGCGGUUCGGCCGCCGCCGCCCGUUCAUCGCCUCCGGCGCCCUGCUCGUCAUUCUCGCCGUCUCCCUCAUCGGCUUCGCCGCUGACAUUGGCCACGCCGCCGGAGACUCCCUCGGGAAAACCACUAAGCCCCGAUCCGUUGUCGUCUUCGCCGUCGGCUUCUGGAUCCUCGACGUUGCCAAUAACAUGUUGCAGGGUCCAUGCAGAGCACUGCUGGCGGAUCUCUCGAGCGGUAAUGCGGACAAGAUGCGAGCCUCAAACUCCCUCUUCUCCUUCUUCAUGGCGGUCGGAAACGUCCUCGGCUACGCCGCCGGCUCAUUCUCCGGCCUCCACAAGGUCUUCCCCUUCUCGAUGACCGACGCCUGCGACGUCUACUGCGCCAACCUCAAGAGCUGUUUCUUCAUCUCCGUGGCGCUCUUGCUUGUCGUCACCACCCUGGCGCUGACCUUCGUCAAGGAGAGGGAGAUCAAAGUCCCCGCCGGCGAGAAGGAGAAGGCCGCGGCGGCGGGCGGCGUCCCCUUCUUCGGCGAGAUCUUCGGCGCCCUGAGGGACCUUCCGAGGCCGAUGUGGAUUCUGUUGCUCGUCACGGCGCUCAACUGGAUUGCGUGGUUCCCUUUCCUCCUGUACGACACCGACUGGAUGGCCAAGGAGGUGUACGGCGGAGUAGUGGGCGACCGCCUCUACGCCAGGGGAGUCCAUGCCGGCGCGUUGGGUCUCCUCCUCAACUCGGUGGUUCUGGGGUUCAUGUCCAUCGGAGUGGAGCUGGUUGCGCGGCGGUUCGGCGGCGUCAAGAAGCUCUGGGGCUGCGUCAACUUCAUACUGGCGAUUUGCUUGGCCAUGACGGUCUUGGUCACCAAAAUGGCGCAGCACACCCGGCAACACGAUGCCGCCGGCCACGUUCUGCCGCCGACCGCCGGCGUCAAAGCCGGUGCCCUGCUCCUCUUUUCCGCCCUCGGGAUUCCUCUUGCUGUCACUUUUAGCAUCCCAUUCGCUCUAGCGUCCAUCUUUUCGAGCAAUGCUGGCGCCGGCCAAGGUCUCUCGUUAGGCGUCCUCAAUCUGUCAAUUGUCAUACCGCAGAUGCUGGUGUCGUUCUUGAGCGGGCCGUGGGACUCGCUGUUCGGAGGAGGGAACCUGCCGGCAUUUGUGGUGGGAGCGAUAUCGGCCGCCGCAAGCGGGAUUUUCGCGAUGACCCUGCUUCCAUCUCCGCCGCGCGAUGUUGCGCUCUCCGCCGCCGGUGGUUUCCAUUGAGACCAUACCCAGUCCUGGUCGAGGAGGAGCGAAUUUAAUUAAUUAAUUAAAUUUCCUCACACAUAUAUACAUGCACCUCUUGUAUCUAUCUUUAUCUGUUUUUUUUUUCUCUAAAGUUGCCAGCUGUUGUAACAGGGGAAAUAAUUAACUCCCUCGCUACUCAUAUGAGAGUCGUCGUCCUCCGUAUCGUUAAUUUUGUGCCGCCUGUAAUUUCUUCUGUACAGGUUGAAAGAACAUCGUCCCGUUAAAAGAAACGGGGGUUUCUUUUUUUUAUUUUAUUAAAGCUAUGGGGCACUUUGGAAAUCUUCCGACGCUGUCUUCUUAGAAUAAAAGUCAGAAUCCUCUCUAUUUU